AUGGCGCCUUUUAACUUCGCUUCUGCGUCCGUCGCUCCCGUCGAUCCUGAAGUCGACAAACUUCAACGUGAUUUCGCGGCCCUCAAGAUGCGUUUGAACGGCGUUGUCGCAUGCAUUCCCGAUGAGACGGGCGAGGCAGUGGAGGAUAGGAUUCAGUGGUUGUGGCAAUGGAAGGUCUUAUCGAGUGAUUUAUCCGCUUGUUCCGCGGCCAGGCUUGCCAAGGGCCUCCCCUUUGAUUUUUCUGAGGCGGAGGUGGCUAGCGGCAAUACUGCCAACGCGGCUUUCGACCGUUUCACCGCGGCCCUGAAGGCUAUCGAAGAGAAGAAGGCUCGCCAGGCUACUGAAGAAGCCGCGCGCAAGACCGCUGAGGCUGAGGCCGCCAAGUCCGCGGGUGUCGAUGAGGAAGAAGCAAUGGUUCGUGCUUCGCGACAGGAUGGGAAAAGGAAGUGUAGCGAGGCGGUAGUAGAGUCCGAUGAUGAGGAUGUCGCGGACGAGGAGAUUGUGGUACAGAGAAAGACACCCGGCAUAGCUCCCAAGCAUGCAACCCGCUGCGCCAAGUGCACUAAGACCAACCGUGACUGUUUUGGCUUCCCCGGGGUCGCUUGCAACGGGUGCAAGAAGUUGAAGGUCGGCUGCACCCACUCCAACCGCAAGAAGCGCCGUGUGCAGGCCGCCCCUACCCCUCCUAUUCCCUCCAGCUCUCGUUCCGGUACCAUACGUCGCCCAAAGUCUACUGUUUCACCCCCCAUCGUUCUUUCCGACUCCGAUGGCGAUGCCGAGUCCAUUCUUUCCAAGGCACCUGCUUCUCCUAAGCGCAAGGAGGUGGAGGAGAGUGAUGACGAGGAGGAUGAGGUUGAAGAAGAAAUUUGUGGUGCGGACAAGGAGUUCCCUAGUCUGGCCAACUCCGGCCUUGGGGAGGAGGAAGUUACUAUCCGGGGUGAGAUCCGUCGUCUCCGCGCCAAGGCAUACCAAGCCAAUGUGCUGAUGAUGGAGGUCGCUAAUGGACUUGAUUUGAUCGAAUACCGCCUUAACCGUCGCCGCACUUAG